CUUGUCGGAGGUAGAAGUUUGGCUGCGGGCGUCACACGGUAAUAGAGCGCAGGAGUGAUCGGGGACGCAAUAAUGAUCAAAAUUUCCAUCCAGUCCGGUGUGGCAUACGAUAAUUGAGAGUAAGGUAACGCUAGUAUUAUUUACGGCGUAAUUUUGCAAGGUGCUUGCAGUUCCCGUGUUAGUUUCUUUCAGCAGGAUAUUUCCGAGCCGGAGUGAUUGCACUUGACUACAGGCAAUUUAAAACUUCGGGAAGCUACAGUAAUUUUUUUUAUCUUCUUCAAAAAGAACUUUUAAUGGGAGGCAUCCGGUGAGCUGACACAUUGAAGGGGAAUAUGAGAAGAUAAAAAGCGUCUUUGCAUUCGGUAUGAUGGCAUGUGCCCCCCUUUUUUGUUCCCGUAUAUUCUACCAUCUGAUCAGAGUUCUUUUGUCAUUGCGAAGAAGUAAAUGACAGAUGUUGCAUCUUUCAUUUUAAAGGCGUCUUGGCUUCGGAACCGGAGAGUUUUGUGAUCAAGUGCUUGUUCACAUGUGAUGGAAUUAAUAGCCGGCGGAUUAGCCUUAAAAAGCAAGCUGGAUGCUACUCUCAUAUCUAACCGAGCGCGCUACGGUUGAAGUGCUGCAGAUAGAAAGUUAUGACGCUUUGAAAGAUUCAUCACGGGAUAAUAAAGUCGUAGGUUUAUAACAAUAUUAGGUACAUCUGGAGUGGACUGGACACAUGGAUACAAUUUCAAUAUUUUCCUGAAACUGGAGACGCCACGUAAACUGUUUAAUUUCAAUCUUGUGGGAAUCAUGACAACCACGUAUUAACACUGCAUGUUUAAACGACCACUUCAAUCCUCACCUUUUACUAAUGCGUUAACGCAUUUUUUUUGCUGCAUCACGGGAAAAUGAAAUAUCACCGGAGCACAAAUUCUGACUCUGCUAUUGAAAAGCAACAACUUCUAUGCGAUAUGUCAUAUGGCAGUAAAGUUACGUUUGUAUCCAGCGCAGAAUCACCGAAAGCGGCGAACCCGGAGUCCGGUAACUGGCGCUUAAGGCACGGCGUGACAGCGGAAAAUAAAACGCCGUCUGAGCGCAGCCGAGCAGAAGCGCCUGUUGAAGGCUCGAAUGCUCGCCCGGGAAGUGGGGACCGAUGGCUCGUCUUGGGGCGAUUUGAAGGUGUGCAUAAGCAAAAGGGAAACGUGAAAGCAGACGAGAAGUGGGGACCCGGCGAGCGCAUGACUUGCGGGGAAAACCGUACCGGUUGUAUCAGAGAGGCCAGUCAUUGCUGCGCUCCCUUUCGCCAAAUGACUGCGCACAAUCCGUGCAACAUGAAUUGCAAUAACGGGGGAUCCGCAACCCAGAGCUCCGCUGGUCGAAAUGUAGCUGAAACGGACACUGAUGGAGGCUCUAAAUGCCGUUUCACCUGGAAUGGAGGGGGAAAGUUGAAAUUUAGUGCAUGGAGUUGGUGGGCGUUUGUCAUUUUCCAUACCCACGUGUUGAAAGCCCUCGCUGAAGGCGAUGUGGCCCCGUAUUUCAAGACGGAGCCCAGCCUUUCUGAGAUCCACCUGGAGGGGAACCGCCUAGUGUUGACCUGCCUGGCUGAGGGUAGCUGGCCCCUGGAGUUUAAAUGGAUGCUCAACAACAGCGACAUCACUUCCUUUUCCCCCCAAUACAAGUACACCAUCCCAUCUCUGCAGCAGUCUGACGUGGGGUCUUACCAGUGUGUGGUGAGGAACCGGAUGGGGACGCUCAUGCAGAGGAGAGCGGAAAUCCAAUUAGCAUACAUGAGGAACUUUGUGGAGACGGAGCAGCGAAAGACGGUGUCCCUGGGCCGGGCAGCUGUCAUCAGCCCACCUGCCAUCAGCUGUUUUCCGAGGCCUCAGGUCACUUGGUUCAGGGACGGCUACAAGAUCAUCCCCAGCGACCAUGUAACCGUAACGCUGGACAAUCAACUUGUGGUACUGUCCACAACCACAGCUGAUGCUGGCCACUACCAUGUCCAGGCCAUCAACGAGAGGAACGGGGAGAACAAAACAAGUCCCUCCGUCUUCCUGAACGUCGCAGCAGACUCGGACUCCUCCGCAGACCCUAUGGCACCGGUGAUCGUGAUCCCCCCCAGGAAUACCACGGUACUCGCUGGGAGUGGUGAGGCGUCCCUGGAGUGCGUGGCCAAUGCCAGACCCAUAGAAAAGCUGAGCAUUACCUGGAAACACAACGGCGUGACCCUGGCCAGUGCAGUGGGCAGUUUUGGCCGGAGGAUGACGGUCAUCAACCCCACCUCGGUGGAUGCGGGGCUAUACAUGUGUGAGGCCACCCUGCUGGACAGCAGUGAGAAGACAGCUGAGGCCCGAGCCUUCCUCUCCGUCAUGGAGGCCCCCUACUUCACGGCUGAACCCCAGAGGAAGAUCAUGGGAGAGGUGGAUAAAACAGUUGACAUCCAGUGUCAGGCUAGAGGAGUGCCCACGCCCAAGAUGGAAUGGUACAAGGACUCCGUGCCACUCAGCAAGCUGAACAAUCCUCGCUACCGCAUCAUAUCUGCCAUGGGCCUGCAAGUUCGGAGGGUGCACCCCAACGACGCCGGAAUCUUCCAGUGUUUCGCCAGGAACAAUGCUGGGGAGGUCCAAGCCCACGCCUAUCUGGACGUGGCCAGUAUGGCCCCCUCCUUCACCAGAGCCCCCACUGACAUCACCGUGACGAAUGGGACUGCUGCCACCUUCACCUGCCAGGUCUCAGGAGCCCCCAAACCUGCCAUCACCUGGAAGAGAGAUGCACAGAUCCUGGCCAGUGGUUUAGUCCAGAUCCCACGUUUCAUACUGCUAGAGUCCGGGGGACUGCAGGUGGAGCCUGUCCUCCCCCAAGACACGGGAAACUACACCUGCUAUGCCACCAACUCCGAGGGCGCCAUCACCAGCAGCGCCACCCUCACCGUGUGGAGCCGAACCACCAUCUCCCAGCCGCCCAUGGAACGGCGAGUUAUCAAGGGGACGACAGCCACUCUUGAUUGCCGUGCGACCCAUGACCCCAGAGUGACAGUAAGGUAUGUGUGGCUGAAAGAUGAAGGCGAGGUCAUCCACCCCCGUGGACGCAUCAGCUUGGCCGAUGGCUCUCUUCACAUUAGCCAGACCUGGUCCGGGGACAUUGGGGACUACACCUGCACUGUCCUGUCCCAGGCCGGCAACGACUCCCAGUCUGCACGGCUUGAAGUCAUAGAGCUGCCCCACUCGCCAAGAAAUCUCCAGGCCAGGCUGAAUGCCUCAGACAGCCGGGCCGUGGACCUGAGCUGGGUCCGCCCAUUCGACGGGAACAGCCCACUACUGCAUUAUGAGGUCGAGCUCUCCGAAAACAACUCUCCGUGGAAGAUUUACCUCCCCGAAGUGGACCCCGCCCUGACAGAAGUGCUGGUAACAGGAUUGACUCCGGCACGGACUUACCAGUUCAGGGUGUGCGCUGUCAACCAAGUGGGGAGGGGCCAGUACAGCAGCGAAACAAACAGGCUAAUGCUGCGGGAGGAGGCUCCAAGUGCCCCCCCGAAGAACAUUGUGGCUAGUGGCCGGACAAACCAGUCCAUCAUGGUGCAGUGGCAGCCCCCUCCAGAGGCCCAGCUCAACGGCGUGCUCAGGGGUUAUGUCCUCAGGUAUCGGCUGGCAGGCCUCCCUGGGGAGUACCAGCAGAAGAACAUCACCAGUCCUGAGAUCAACUACUGCCUGAUCAAUGAGCUCAUCAUCUGGACACAGUACGAGAUCGAGGUAGCGGCCUACACUGGAGCAGGCCUUGGAGUGUUCAGCCGGCCCGUGAUGGAGUACACGCUACAGGGAGUGCCGACGGCCCCACCUCAGAACGUGGAGGCCAGGGCUGUAAACUCUACCACAGUGAAGUUCACAUGGAAUCCACCUCCUCAGCAGUUCAUUAAUGGUAUCAAUCAGGGCUACAAGAUCUUGGCCUGGCCGGAGGAGUCGCCUGGGAUGGUUACCGCGGUGACAGUUGCCCCUGACUUCCAUGGCACGAGGCACUUGGGCUACAUCGGCAGUCUGCGGAAAUUCACGCGCUACCUGACUGCAGUGCUUUGCUAUACCACGCCUGGGGAUGGGCCCAGGAGCACGCCUCAGCCAGUGCAGACGCACGAGGACAAACCAGGUCCAGUGGAUCACCUGAGCUACACUGAGAUUCUGGACACGUCCCUGAGGGUAAGCUGGCAAGAGCCAGCAGAAAAGAAUGGCAUAAUCAUAGGCUACCUGAUUUCCUGGGAAGUACAGGGGGAGAUCUCUACACGGGUGUCCCGCACACUGCCCAACACUACACUGGACUACAAGGUGACCGGCCUCACCUCGCUUACCACCUAUACCUUGGAGGUUGCUGCCAUAACGGGGGUGGGCCUGGGCAUCAUCACCUCCUCCACCAUCUCCUCAGGUGUCCCUCCAGAACUUCCUGGGCCUCCAUCGAACCUCAUUAUCUCCAAAAUAAGCCCACGCUCUGCCACACUGAAGUUCCAUGCAGGGGAUGAUGGAAAGACCUCCAUCUCCAAGUGGAUAGUCGAGGGUCAGGUUGGUGAGGAUGAGGACUGGAGGGUCCUCUAUGAGAAGGAGAACGAGCCGGAUGCCCAGAUGCUGGAGGUGCCCGACUUGACCCCUUUCACCUACUACAGGUUCCGGAUGCGGCAGGUGAACAUUGUGGGAGCCAGCCUUGCAAGCCAUCCCUCGCGAGUCAUCCAGACCCUGCAGGCGCCCCCAGACAUGGCCCCCAGCAGUGUGACGGUGCGCACGGCCAGCGAGACCAGCCUGUGGCUGCGAUGGGUGCCCCUGCCGGACUCGGAGUACAACGGCAAUCCCGAGACUGUGGGCUACCGAGUACGUCUCUGGAGAACAGAGCAGCAUGAGGAGGUGCGGAGCCAGGUGGUGAGUGACCGGUUGGAGAGGGAGCUCACCCUGGGAGGCCUGGAGGAGUGGACCGAGUAUCAGCUGCAGAUCCAGGCCUUCAAUUCCAUCGGGGCCGGACCCUGGAGCGAGCCAGUGCGGGGCCGCACGCGCGAGUCAGUGCCAAGCGGGUUCCCGGAGAACGUGACAGCAGAGGCAUUGGGAUCCACCAGUAUCCUAGUCACAUGGGGGCAAGUGCCUCAGCGGGAGCAGAAUGGACAUAUCCUGGGAUACAAGGUGCUGUACAGGGAAAAAGAAUCGCACUCCGAGCACCAGGUGCAUGUGGUGAAGGGGAGCUUGAUGCAGUCAACGCUACUGCGAGGCCUGCGCAAAUACAUCCAGUACCAAAUCCAGGUGCUGGCCUUCACCCGCAUCGGCGAUGGAGAGCCCAGCCGCCCCCCGGUGGUGGAGCGUUCCAAAGACGAUGUCCCUGGAUCUCCUGUCAGACUGGUGUUCCCUGAUGUGCAGCUGACAGAAGUGAGGGCGACAUGGCAGCCCCCAGCAGAGCCCAAUGGCAUCAUCUUGGGGUAUCAGGUCGCCUACCAGCUGGAGGCUGCCAACCGCAGUAUCUUCACCACGGUGGAGGUGGAGUCCAGUGCCAGGGAGUUUACAGCGGCAGGGCUGAUCCCUGAGUCGGCCUACGUGUUUCACGUCUCUGCCCGGACUCAGCAGGGCUGGGGGCCACCCGAGCGGGCGGUCGUCAUCACCACAGAGCGUCGAGAGCGGCCCCAGCCACCCCGGAGGCUAAGCGUGCCCCAGUCAGAGGUGCAGUCCCGCCGACUCCUGAUCAGGUGGGCUCCAGGUGCGGAUGGCUCCUCGCCUGUUCGCUACUUCACCCUGCAGAUCCGGGAGCUGGAGAUCGGAGACUAUAUCACGCACUCGUCUGCCAUCAGCCACAACUGCACCUCCUGGGAGGUGGAGCGACUGAAACCCUUCACGUCCUACAAGCUCCGGAUGAUGUCAACCAAUGACGUGGGCGACAGCGCUUAUAGCAAAGAGACGGAUGCGGUCACGACGCUGCAGGACGUUCCUGAUGAGCCCCCACUGAUUUUGGCCAUUAAGCCGUCUACGACAACAUCUGUGCUGGUGCAGUGGCAGCCCCCCAGUGAUGAGAGCGUGAAUGGGGUUCUGCUGGGCUACCACCUGUACUACCGUGAGCUGCAGUAUGACAGCUCUCCCCCAGAGCCGAAGGCCAUAAUGGCAGCAGAGAACUUGUCUUCGCGGGCCGAGAUGACAGCCAGAGGCACCUUCAAGACCAUGAGCAGCCCACUGUUAACAGAAUUUGAGCUAACCCAGCUGAAUAAGUACAAGCGCUAUGAGAUCGUGAUGACGGCCUACAACAUCGUUGGAGAGAGCCCCCCCAGCAGUCCCGUGGAGGUCUUUGUGGGAGAGGCCGCUCCUUCCGUGCCCCCCCAGAAUGUCCAAGUCAGUGCACUGUCGUCAACACAGCUAGAGGUCGCGUGGGAGCCCCCGCCGCUGGAAACACAGAACGGAAUCAUCCAGGGCUACAAGAUCCACUACUGGGAGAAGGAGAACCAGAACAAGACCGCGAAGGUGAAGGUCCUUUUUCUCCCGGAGACGAUGGUCAGGCUGAAGAACCUCACCAGCUACACAUCCUACUUGAUGCGACUCUUGGCCUUCAAUGCAGCGGGGGACGGCCCCCUGUGUGAGGCACGUGAGGGGCUCACUCUGCAGGCAGCUCCUAGUGCUCCAAGUUUCAUUGUCUUCUCUGAGGUCACCACCACAACACUUAAUGUGUCUUGGGGUCUGCCCCUGUCACCCAACGGCAUAGUGGAGGGAUACCGGGUGGUGUAUGAGCCCUCCACCCCGAUCCACGGCGUCAGCAAGGUGGUGACUGUGGACGUUCCAGGUAACAAGCAAUGCUGGCUCAAGGUUCGAGACCUGGCCAAGGGUGUGACUUAUCAUUUCCGAGUGCAGGCCCGGACCAUCAGCCUGGGCCCUGAUCUGGAAGCCAACAUCACAACGGGGCCAGUGGAAGGAUCACCAGGUUCUCCCAUACAGAUAUCUCUCACAAAGUCAGGCUCCUCCCUAAUCAUCCACUGGUCAGUGGGAGACAGAGGGGAGGGACCCAUCACCGGAUACGUCAUUGAGGCACGUCCAUCAGACGAAGGCCUGUGGGACACUUUUGCCAAGAACUUGCCCUCCAGCAGCACCUCCCACUCAGUCAGCCUGGACCGCCUCCGGUCAGGAGUGAGCUACCAGUUUCGGGUGCUCGCAGUUAAUCGUCACGGCUAUGGUGAGCCUAGUGCUCCAUCUGCUGUCACUUCAGGGCAGAUGGAGAUGCCUUUCUACGAGGAGUGGUGGUUCCUCAUUGUGGUCGCUCUCUGUGGCGUCAUCCUCGUGCUGCUGGUGGUCUUCGGCCUGGUGAUGCACGGUCAGAAUAAGCAGUACAGUAGCUGCGGAACAGGGAACUCUAUCCCCACAGUAGAGCAGUCGGUCACAUUGGACAAUGGAGGCUUCACUGCACUGGAGCUGAACAGCCGGCACCUGAACAUGAAGAGCUCCUUUCUAAAGAAGAAUGGCACCAGGUCCCCCCCACGGCCCAGCCCGGGCGGGCUGCAUUACUCCGACGAGGACCUCUGCAACAACUACAAUGGCGGCAUCCUGUCGGAAAGCACCACUCUCACCGAGAAGCCCACCCUGGCAUCGGAGUCAGAGGCCACGGACAGCGAGCCGGAGGACGAGCCACCCAAGCACUCAUUCGUCAACCACUACAUGAGCGACCCCACCUACUUCAACUCGUGGAAACGGCAGCAGAAGGGCCUGAAGCAGAGCCUGGCUUAUGCCUAUGAGGAGUGUGCCAGCGCAGACAGCGAGCCCUACUACCAGUCCGUGGUCACGGCCCACAGCACGGGUGGAGCCUAUACCCCGACUGGACAGCCAGCCUCCGGCUCACGGACACCCGUCACAGGCUUCUCCUCUUUUGUCUGAUGCUCCAACCCCCUCAGCCCCUCCAUACAUGACAGACUGAACCAGCAGCACCCUCACAGGUGGCUUUGACAACCAUCAACACUGCAGCAAAUGCAGAAGAAGUGAUUUCUCCCCAAAACCCAUCUCAAUAUCAAUUGAUAAUUAUUUGGUUAUAUUGUGUUAGUGAUGUUCACGGUGCCAAAUCAUGAGUAUCCAAAUGAAACUGUAAAUAAAUGUGAGAACAGCUAAA